AUGCCUCAAGCAAACGCCGCUGGCAUAACCGGCGCCAUGCAAGAGCAUUUGGUAUUCGAACUUGGCAACUGUUUCUUUGGUGCUGUUCUACCGCUGUAUGUCAUAUUUUUGGUCAUUACCAGGACUAAGGAUCAAGGAGUGAAAGUUUAUCGGAAAAUGUUGAUUACAAAUGCCGCGAUUGAUUUGUUUUAUACGUUGAGUACCCUAAUGUCUUUCCCGGUGAGUUUGAGACUUCAGAAGAAUAAAGGAUUUUUGACGAUUUUGUCGGAUUUAUUAUGUCUAUACAAAAAAAAAUUUUAGUUUUGCUCUUUCGUAAUUUAAACUUUCGUCUUUUGCUCCAAGUCAUCCCCGCAAAGUCAUGAUUUCCAAAAAAAAAAGUUUUGCAGUAGUUGCUCACCAAACAGAGUGUAAUAAAAUUAAUCCAGGUUGUAUAAAAAAUGUAGGCUUCAGUUAAACUCCACUAGAGGACAAAAACUGUAGGACCUUCAGGUUGAAAAGCAGGGCAAUAUCAACAAGUGAUAAAAUCUGAAACCGAGAACACGUUUGGGUUCAUCGACUAUGGCCAUGCAUAGAGUGUUGAAAAUGCUAGCUUUUGUUUUACAGGCUUAGCCGAGGGAUCUGGCGAUCUUCACAAUCUGCACAAGAGCUGUACAAACCCGAUUUUUCCCUUUUUUUUGAAAUUCAUGCCUUCUGGACAUCCCCAAAAUCAAGGCUUUAUGAAAAUCAGUAAAUAUUUGCUUUCAGACAAUCGUCUUCUCCUCGACCCGGCUCAUCCCGGUCAUGACCAACCCCCUGAUGCCGCGUGAAGCGAGCUGGUUCUUCUUCAUGAUCCAGACGUUCUUCAUCUACCUCUCCGUCAUGAUUUUGCCAAUCCAAUUCAUCUACCGAUAUCGAGUCGCUUCUUCCAAGGCUCACACGAUUUCUACAAUUGUGGUUCCGCUGGCCUUUGCUGCGGUUUACAACGCAGCUCACACGUUGCUUUUACUGUACACGUUUCAAAGUCCAAACGAAGAGUAUGAUCGGAUCUUGAGUGACAUGGGUGUGGAGUCCGGAGGAAAAUAUGUAGUUGGGGAUGUGGUGAGUAUUGCAGCCUCAAUUUGA